AUGUUCAAAUUGUUUAUCUUCGCGUGCUUCCUCGCUUUGGCUGCCGCCAAGCCUGGCGUCUACUCCGUUGCGUACACCGCACCAGUAGCGGCGGCGUACACUGCACCUGUGGCUGCAGCGUACACUGCACCCCUCGCAUACUCCACCUACUCAGCUUACACCGCGCCCCUAGCUUAUUCAGCAUACACUUACGCCUCUCCCUACUCUUAUUACCUCCGCCGUUGA